UAAGGUCUGAUCUUUAGCUUUUGUUCGAGCCGCUCGAUCAUUCUGUUAACGUCUUCUGUUGCGAUCAGUCGGCACCUGUUGCGCGCACGCUCUCCGUGUUUCGUUCGCUUGGAUCGAUCGAUCGAUCGAUGUGCUCGGUUUCGGAUUCGGAUUCGGUCCGUGAUAUCUUGCGCCAGAUCUGUCAUUUACCGUUUUCCUACCAGAUCGCGGAGCAAAGUGCACGAAGCUGCUAACUGAUUUGGCGAGAAUUCACCCGAAAAUUGUGCAACAACAAGUGAAGUGCAGCCAGUAAACCGGCAAUCGGCAAGGGUGCCUUGCCCCUCCGGCUGGCCAAGUGAAUUACAUAGUUGGAAUAUAGAUCGCCGGGCAUUAAAUUAUGUCAAGAGCCUGCAAUAAACCAAGUGGCCAAAAGUGAUCAACAAAAGGCCACAAAACUGAAAAAAAAUUUUAAAAAAUUAAAAAACCAACAAAAAAAUAGUGAAAAUAUUUCAAAAAUGUAUGCUCACCAAGAACCACGAAUAAAUCUCGUGUGAAAAGUUAAAAAAAACUGCAAGCCAAAGCAAGUAAUUAACAUUCCACAUAAAAACUCAAUUUACUAUAGAAACUUCCAAGCCAAAAAAACAAAAGCGGCCUAAACAGCAACUACAAGACCAGGAUGUCACUGCUAACAACAAGAGGCAACGAGAACUGAAAAAUAAUUACGGGUCGAGAACAAUAAUAAUAAGCAACAUGAGCAGCCUGUCAGCAGCACCAGCAGCAGCGGGAGGAGGACCUGGAGCAGAUGCUUCUGGAGGCCAGCCCACAGUCACUGCCACUGCCACUGGCAACAUGGAGCCAGCGAUGGUGCCACGUACCGCCAAUUUGCUGGCAUGCAAACAAUGGUGGCGCGUCUGCUUUUUGUACGGCGACCAGCAGAAAUAUUACCGACAGCUCUAUAGCAAGGCGGCGGCCCAGCGGCUGGCGGGGGCUAAUCAGGAGCCCGGCACAAUGCAGGACAAUGCCCGGGAUCGCGACUACGACACCGUGGCCCUGGCGAUGGGUCUGGACAGCGAUCUUAUCAAUGGGCAAUUAGAUGCCGUCGAAGAUGCGGACGACGGCAUCGAUCUGGGCGAUCCCUCGAGCCAGUCGAGGGGCGGUCGUCCUCUCUUCCCGCUCUCCUCCUCGCCGCGUCGCAGCAAAAAGCUACUGCGAUCCCUGCGCGCCCAUGUGAGGGGGGAGAAGGCGACUAAGGCUGCUGCCCCCGCUGCAGGUGAGCAGGAGAGCGAGCUGACCCAGAGGAACGCCCGGGUUACCGUCCUGGACGAUCCCUUUCUCUUCGGCAUCGAUGCCGAUCACCUGGGCGACCUGGUGGUGCGCGGCAAGCACUACAGUCCGCUGGAAGCCACCGAGAACAUGGUCAAGUUCUACGGCGGCGAACAGGAGGCCACCGCCCAGGUGCUGGAGAUCAUCGAGCAGGAGGAGGGACUACCAAUCGAGCAGGAGGAGGUGCCCAAGCCAGCUCUGCCGCCCAAACAGAAACAACACCGUCCUGUACCGCCCCUGCCGCCGCCUCCAGCGAAUCGGAUUACCCCGGGCCCCGUCGGAUUACCCGGAGCAGAGCAACCACCACCGCAAGUGCCGCUGCAACCUCUGACCGCCGGCGAUCUACAGUUUCUGAACCUGAGCCUCCGGCAGCGCAGUUUACCGCGCAGCAUGAAGCCGUUUAAGGAUCCCCACAAUAUCAGUUUCACUUUCAACGAACUGGACACGAGCGCCGCAGCGGAAGUGGCCACAGGAGCAGCCAAGGCCCAGCAGGAGGCAAAUGAGCCCAUCAGCCGGACCCCGCUGACGCAGAUCUCCUAUCUGCAGAAGAUCCCCACGCUGCCGCGCCACUUCUCGCCCAGUGGGCAGCAGCACCCGAAUCUGGGUCUGCCCAGCAGCUCCUCCGCCAGCGCCCUGUUUGCGGCGCAAAGUGCCGCCGGCCUGCUGCCCACCUCGCCGCUGCCGCUCCAGCGCCACCAACAGUUCUUGCCCCCGCACCACCAGCAGCUGCCGGGAGUGGGAGUGGGCCUGCCAGGAGGACCGCCCCAGUACUCGCCCGGUGCCCCCAAGUACUCCAAUGCCCAGCUCCCGCCUCCGUCGCACCACCAGCUGUCGCCCGCUCUGUCCACGCCCUCGCCACCUUCCCUGCUCCACCAUCCCGGCGUGGGAACGUCGUCCGCCUCCGCGCACGCUCCCUUUCUGGCCGGACCACACAUGGACAUGCAGCGGCAGUCGCACUCGGAUGACGACAGCGGCUGCGCCCUGGAGGAGUACACCUGGGUGCCACCUGGACUGCGUCCUGACCAGGUUCGCCUGUAUUUCUCGCAAAUACCCGACGACAAAGUGCCAUACGUCAACAGCCCGGGGGAGCAGUAUCGUGUGCGACAAUUGCUGCAUCAACUUCCGCCGCAUGAUAACGAGGUUCGUUACUGUCACUCACUGACGGAUGAGGAGCGCAAGGAGCUGCGGCUCUUCUCCACGCAGCGCAAGCGCGAUGCCCUGGGCCGCGGCAACGUGCGGCAGUUGAUGAGCGCCCGACCCUGCGACGGAUGCGACGAACUGAUUUCCACGGGCGACAUUGCCGUCUUCGCCACGCGACUGGGUCCCAAUGCCAGCUGGCAUCCGGCAUGUUUUGCUUGCUGCGUCUGUCGCGAGCUCCUCGUGGAUCUCAUCUAUUUCCACCGGGAUGGACGCAUGUACUGCGGACGCCACCACGCGGAGACCCUCAAGCCGCGCUGCUCGGCCUGCGAUGAAAUCAUCCUUGCCGACGAGUGCACAGAGGCGGAGGGCAGGGCGUGGCACAUGAACCACUUCGCCUGCCACGAGUGCGACAAGCAGCUGGGCGGCCAGCGGUACAUAAUGCGCGAGGGCAAGCCCUACUGCCUGCACUGCUUCGACGCGAUGUUCGCCGAGUACUGCGACUACUGCGGCGAGGCCAUCGGCGUGGACCAGGGCCAGAUGAGCCACGACGGGCAGCAUUGGCACGCGACAGACGAGUGCUUUUCGUGCAACACGUGCCGCUGCUCACUGCUGGGCCGUGCCUUUCUGCCACGCCGGGGAGCCAUCUACUGCUCUAUUGCCUGCAGCAAGGGCGAGCCGCCGACGCCAUCGGACAGCUCCGGAACCGGCAUGUACACCACGCCAACGCCGCCUACGCAGCGAGUGCGCAGCCAUCCGCAGGCGCCCCUACCGGCGCGCAUACCCAGCAGCCACGCUUCCAGCUCGCCGCCCAUGUCGCCUCAGCAGCAGCAGCAGCAUCAGGCAAGCUUCAACCAGGCGAUGUAUCAGCUGCAGAGCCAGCAGCUGGAGGCGGCCGGAGGCGGCAGUCUGCUGGGCCUGGGCGGCGAGUUGUCUCUUCUGGAGCAGGGCAAGAGCUACGCCACCUCGGACUCGGACGCGGGCGUAGUCAAGGAUCUGGAGCUGGAGCACCACGGAUCUGGCCACGCGGUCGGCGGCGAUCUCACCGACUUCUCAGGCGGCCGUGCUUCCAGCACCUCGCAGAACCUGUCGCCGUUGAACUCGCCGGGCGACUUUCAGCCGCACCUCCUGCCCAAGCCAAUGGAGCUGCAGCGGGACGGGGUGUACAACUUCAACGAGAUGGCCUCGAACCUGGACGCAGCCUGGCCGGCGAAGCCUAGCCUGGGCGCCCCGAACAGCUACCAGCUGCAGCGGCAGCUGCUGGAGAACCCGCACACCGCCAGCAUGCCGGAGCUAGCGGGGAACCUGCCGCACUUGUCGCAGCUACAGUCCUCCGGCCAGCAGUUCCAACAGUUCCCACAGCACGAGUACGCCGAUAUACUGCACCCGCCUCCGCCGCCGCCGGGAGUAGAGUUGCCUGAGUUGCCCACUCCUAACCUGAGUGUGGCGUCCACGGCCCUGCCGCCGGAGCUAAUGGGCUCGCCCACUCACUCGGCGGGCGAGAGGUCCCUAAACACGCCGCUGUCCACUCAGUCGGCCACGCAGGCGCUCACCCAUCCAGUUUCUAUAUUGAGUGGGGCAUCCUCCUCCUCGCCCAUGAGCGGGGAGCCGGGCAAGAAGAAGGGCGUACGCUUCGAGGGCAUCCCAGACACCUUGCCACGUUCGCGAAGCUACUCGGGAAACGGAGCCGGUACAAGUGGGGGCGGUGAGCGGGAACGAGAGAGAGACAGGGAUCGGGAUCGUGAUCGGGACAGGGAGAGUGGCGGGCGUCACGGUCACGGGCACUCCUCCCGAAGGCGAAGGCGUCGCAAGUCCUCCUCCACCACCGGGCAUCAUCGCAGCGGCAGUGGCCACCGGUCGCACUCCACCACGCGCGCAGAUACAUAUGCGCCUGCGCAGCCACUCUCCGCCUCCUACCAAGGUCCACCCUCCGUCCUGCAGGCCGCUAGCCUGACCCAUGAGGGCGAGGCCCACAAGUCGCCCAAUCGGCAGCCGAAAGAGCGGGAGCGGGAUCGGGAAAGGGAGCGCGAGGAGUCCGAGGAGUCGGACGUGUGCUCCACCUGCUCCUCGAGUUCCUCCAGUUCCGAGGACUACAUGAUGAUGUACCAGCUGCCUCAGAGGCGCCACUAUGGCGGCGUGCGCGUGAGCUACGUACCCAACGAUGCCCUGGCCUACGAUCGGAAGAGGAAGCCCAGCGAGAUGGGCGGCGACAAGGACAAGAAUUGCAUCAUCUCGUGAUGCAGCCGUAGGGCGCUCUAAUCAGAGCCCAGAUGCAUUCAGAGAAACAUAACCAGAUCGGUGAUCCCGAUGCAGAUGCAGAUGCAGAUGCAGGCAAGGAGUUAUUAAUGAGGCGCCCUGGGCAACUCCAUCUCGUGGCUAACGAAGUGGCCCAGAACGCUGGCGGGGAUCAUCAAUUCUUCGCAACGGAGGCAACUACCGGCACACGACAAAGCAAAGUAAAGUUCAACUUGACAUUAAGGCGCCUAGUUAGGAUACACUCACCAACAAACAUAUGCAACUCCGGAGGAGGAGAAACCGAAACCCUACAAUAAGAGCCAACACUGUUCCAAAAACACAUCCCUAGUUAAGCCUAGAUUCAGCCUAUAUAUAUAUUUUUAUACUUAUGAGUAGCCUAAGAAAAGAUAUGCCCUAUUUAUACCCUACAUAAAUAUAUUUAUUGCAGCAACUAGCGUAGAUCUUAAAGUUAAAGUUAUUCUUAGGUAAAAAGCGGACAGGCGUAGAGUUCCUUGCAACGCUGACGCUAUCGGGCUAAUGAAACACUACAAUAACUAUAGCUUAAGACGAUCAACUGUAUGACAUUCAAGAGAAUAAAGAGUUCAAAGAGAGUGGAGACAACCACUACUGGCAAUACAUAAAUGGCCUGAAGGACUUUAUAUAUUUUAUUUGUAAGAAAACAUUAACUAAA